AUGUCCGAAAGGUACAACAACAACGGUUCCCAAAACUUCUACUCCGUCGUCUCGCCGGUGCGAGGGAGCGGCGCCCUUGGCCAAGGUCGCGGCGGGGCGCCGGCGAGGAGGUCGAGGGCGAGGGUCCUCCCUGAGAAGAGGGACGAGCCGAAGAACGUACGGGACAAAGGGGAGGAGGAGGCGCCGGCGGCUAAUCGCGCCCAGCUGAACCUCACCCUGGUGGGAUCGCCGGCGCCGAGGUCGCAGGUGAGGACGCUGAUCGCGGCGGCGAACGCCGCGAGGUCCCGAAAAACCAGGAGUCCCGUGGGAGGGACGGGCAGGAGCCGGGAACCGAUCGCCGGCUGUUUGGAGAAGUUGAACCAGUUCGCGGACAAUCCGACGAAGUUCGUGCGCCUAGAGGGGAGCCGGGGGACGGGUGCCGAACUCGAGCUGGACCUAGCAUUCUCGGAGCGUACCGACGAAUCGGACAAUUACUACGAUUCCCACAAUAUCGCGUUCGGUGAGAACGGGGAGUACAGGAUACCGGAAUACGACCACAUACGAUUCCUGCAAUUCAGCGUGGGGGACGCCCGCCGCUCCGGAGGGACUCGGCCGCCCUCGGCCGCCGCCGCCGCCUCCCCGAACGCCGGGGACGCGCCGCGGCCGGGCGGCCGUGACACCCGGAGCCCGAUCUCCUCCCUGCGCGGCGACGAGGUGCGAAUAUCGUCCGGCGAACUUCUCCCCGAAGAGGAGGUCUCCUCCCCCGGGAACCCGGAGUCGGCCGACAGCCGCCCUCGCGGGACGCGGAGCCACCCCCUCGGCUCGGCCGCGAACUACAAGAACACCGUCAACCCGGCGGUGGAGAGGUUCAUGCUGGACCCCGGCGGGGGGGACGAUAGUCCGCCGAAGGUCGCCUCCGGAACGUCCGGCGCAUCCGCCUCCUCCCCCGGGACCGGCAGGACGAACUUGAGCAGGACCUCCAGCGCGGAUGGUACCUGGCACGCGCACAGUCUGAACAGUCCCUAUUUCGCUUCGUUGAGAGGGAACGACCGCGGCGACCUUGACGAUGAUUCCUCCGGGACGCCGAGGGAGGUCGGGUGGCACGAGGAGCCGGACGAGCGCCUCACCAUCGUCAAGGACUCCGCGAGGUCGUCCGCGAACGGCGCCGCCCUGAGGUACACAUUCAUCGCGGACGAGAUAGCGUUCGCGGAAUCCCCAGCGAUCGUCGACGGUUCCGUCGAGGCGUUCGCGAAAAUCGAGGAGCUCGACGGCGGCCAUUUUGGAACGCCGGAGGUCCCGCGCUCCCCCGCUUCACCGUCGUCGUCGUCGUCGUCUUCUUCGUCGCGGGUUUCCAAUUCUUCCGCUUCUUCUUCGUCUCGUUCGUCCUCCGGAGGAUCGAGAGGGUCCUCCAAGGCUUCCGGCUCGGCGGGGACGGGAACGGGGGGUCGGGAGGGGGGCGAAAUCCUCGGGGAAUCGGGCCACGCGGUGCCAUCGGAUUUUGCCCCGAUUUCGAACGAUAUUCUGCGGAUGACUGUCGAGGAGGUUUAUUUGGCCGCUGAGUAUUCAAGGAAAUUGUCGGCCAUUUUUGAUCAGGUGCUGAAGAGAUCGGAGAGCGGCGAUUCGGCGACAGGCGAAAUUCGGGGGUCGAGGACGCAGGACUUUCCCAGGAGUUUCUGACAGGAGUGCGGCUGAUUUUGUGAAACGGUCACUAAACCAUCCCUUUCAAAAACUAGGAGCAUUCGUCAUCCAAUUGUCAUGCGGAUGUCAAUAAAACAGCGAAAAUACAAUGCACAUAUACACAGGAGUAAACGUUUAUUUAUUUUUUGAACAAGUUUGUCCCUCAGUUGUAAAGUUCUUUUGUAGAAUGUUUUCUAACCUCUAGCGAACUUGUACGGCGUCGCCGGUCUGGGCCUUUAUCCAAUCAACGUAGCGGGUGAGACGAGUGUAAACGCUGGGCCAUCCUACCUCGCACCCGAAGGAUAU